GGCAGUGAUGGAAGCAGAAACGGCGAUAGGUGUUAAUGAAAAUUGCUUGCUCCCGAGUUUUGAUGAAAGUCAACCAAAUAGGAUUCUGAAGCCUGAAUUGGGGAUUUUCCAGACCACUGGAGGGCAUGAGCAGUUACCAGAAACGCAGCGCCGGUUCUGAAAACUCCAGUUUCUCGCACUCGGCAAGGGCCAUGGCUCCAGGAAACUACCGUUACCCAGAAGUGAAAACUCCUUUGCGGAGACAAGUCCAUGCUCCUUCGCCGGUCAAAAAGUUCGGCCUCUGUGCUUGCACAAGACAGAUACGCCGGAAUCGUAGCCCACGACGAGUUUCUGGUAAUGUGCUGGGGGGUUUUAUCUCGAUGACCCAUAACAGCUUAAAGCGAAAUGCCCUUGAUUCGCCUUUGUGCUAUAGUAUGGAUAGAGAAGUGAUUGUUGUUGACGAUGAGCUUGGAGAUGUGGAAAUGAUAUCUGAUGACACGAGUAUGGAGGCUGAUGCUGUUGAAAACGUGGCUAUGGAUGUGGACGAGACGGCGGAGAAGGAAAAUGAACCAUCUUUAGAGGUUGUCGAUCUGGAAAAUGGGAACUUUAUGGUGGAUGAUGGGUCUCAAGGUGAUAAUAAGAAAAGUUCACUCGUUUGGAAUCGCCCCGUGACCGAUGUCUGUGGUUUCGAAGCAUAUAGAAAGGCGCUCGAGAGUGCUGAGAACCGGACUUCUAAGCUGAAAGACAGAGGCUUUGGUAAUGCUGUGAAAGAAAGGUGUCGCGCUUUACUGCGAAGCUUGCGUUCCUUUUGGCUUCAAGAUGAGGAACCAAUAGAGGAUGUACGACGUGAACCAUUUCUACCUCUUUCCAAGGAAGAUGAGACAGCAGUCAAGCAUGCAUUCUCAGCUAAUAUUCAGAACAUGUUGGUUACACAUAAGAAUUCAAAUAUUGACAUUACAGGGGAGAACCUGAGGUGCCUUAAACCAGGUCAAUGGUUGAACGAUGAGGUCAUUAAUCUUUUUCUGGUAUUGCUGAAAGAAAGGGAAGCUAGAGAACCAAAGAAGUUUCUAAAAUGUCAUUUUUUCAAUACAUUUUUCUUCACUAAGCUAGUUAAUUCUGGGACUGGAUACAACUACGGUGCAGUCAGAAGAUGGACUUCGAUGAAGAAAUUGGGCUACCAUCUCAUAGACUGUGACAAGAUAUUUAUCCCUAUACAUAUGAGCAUCCACUGGACUUUGGCUGUUAUUAAUAUAAAGGACCGGAAAUUCCAGUAUCUCGACUCAUUCAAAGGAAGAGAGCCUAGAAUCCUCGAUGCACUGGCUAGAUACUUUGUUGAUGAAGUUAUGGACAAGAGUGAAGUAGACGUUGAUGUAAGUCAAUGGAGACGAGAAUUUGUGCAGGACCUUCCUGAGCAGAGAAAUGGAUUCGAUUGUGGAAUGUUUAUGCUGAAAUACAUGGACUUCUACAGCAGAGGUCUCGAUCUUUGUUUCACUCAGGAACAUAUGCCGUAUUUUCGGGUUAGGACAGCAAAGGAGAUUCUGCAACUGAAAGCUGAGUGAUGUGUUUUCAGCAAAACAAGAGAACUCUUGAAGAAUAUUAUUAUUUUUAAAAAGUCUUCAUGUAGAUAAUGUGUUAAGAGGAAGUUAGAUGCGCUUAGAUGUUUGAUGUUUUGAUGUACAUACAAAAGGGGGAUAACAAUGUGGUUGUUACUGAUGAGGAUUAUUAGUAAAAACUGAAUUAUUGUUUUGAAAUAUUAUUU